CCUCCCUAACGGCUGGUCAAUGACUCUGAACAUUUCGCAUCCCGCGAACGGCUCGCAGAAGCUGAUCGAGGUGGAAGAUGAGCGGAAGCUGAGGCACUUCUACGAGAAGCGCAUGGGCGCUGAGGUGCCCGGCGACCCGCUUGGCGAUGAGUGGAAGGGCUACAUUCUCCGCAUCACCGGCGGUAAUGACAAGCAAGGUUUCCCGAUGAAGCAGGGUGUCAUCGCCCCCAACCGUGUCCGCCUCCUUCUCUCCGAGGGCCACUCCUGCUACCGCCCCCGCCGGACCGGUGAGCGCAAGCGCAAGUCGGUCCGCGGCUGCAUCGUCGGCGCCGACCUUUCCGUCCUUGCUCUCUCGAUCGUCAAGCAGGGCGAGCAGGAUAUCCCCGGCCUCACCGACACCGUCCACCCCAAGCGCCUUGGUCCCAAGCGUGCCACCAAGAUUCGGCGGUUCUUCGGCCUCAGCAAGGAUGACGAUGUCCGCAAGUACGUCAUCCGGCGCGAGGUCCAGCCCAAGGGCGAGGGCAAGAAGCCUUACACCAAGGCUCCUCGCAUCCAGCGCCUGGUUACUCCUCAGCGCCUGCAGCACAAGCGUCACCGCAUUGCGCUCAAGCGCCGCCAGGCCGAGAAGGUCAAGGAUGAGGCGAACGAGUAUGCCCAGAUCCUGGCCAAGCGUGUCGCCGAGGCGAAGGCCCAGAAGGCCGAUCUCCGCAAGCGGAGAGCCAGCUCGAUGCGCAAGUAAAAAUGGGGCGUUUGGUAAUGGGUCUCGGGUUGCUUUCGGGAAAAUGGUCACGGCGUGCUUGUUUACCGACUCGUUCAGGACGUGUAUAUGGCAUAGGAACCCUUCACGGAAUCUCGAGAAUGAGUCUUCCCUUUGAGCAUGCCGGGCGCCUGAGCAACGCGUCACAAAGAAUCAAGGAAUACCCCGA